GCUCGGCGGGGCGGCUCUUGCCCGCGGCUGGCGCUCUUUGUCUGCGCGUUGGCGGCGGGGACCGGGGACCGGGCGGCGGGCGGCGGGACACCUCCAUGCGUCAGCCCAGCACAACCAUGCGUGAGGCGCGCCCGGGAGUCCGGGGGAAAGGCUGAGCGCGCCUGCGGGAUGACGGGGGUGGGAGUGAAGCGGAAAGUGGCUUUAAUGAUGACGUGGCUGAAAUCCUCAACUUGCUAGUUUCUUCUGUAAACAAUUCUUCUGAGUCCCUUGGUCUAUGGCAUGAAACCAAGGAAAAGAAAAGGAUGCAAAAAGGAAAUUUCUGUGGAAGAGACAUUUAUAUAUUAAAUAUUUUUCCUGCCUAGGUUUGAAACAGACAUCUGCUUUCAGCAGCUGAUUUGAUGUUAUAUUAAAAAGGUAGAAAUUAUCUAAGCUGCAAAGAAAAUCUGGAUGUCGACCAAUUUACACAUUUGGCAUCAAAAGAGCCUUGUGCACAAACCUUUCUUGGUUUUUAUGUUAUUGGCAGACCAUUUUGUUCUACUGUACACUUCAAACAUUGUAGUUCAGUAAACAACCAAGCUACAGACUGGUAACUGAAGAAUGUCUUUAAAUGAGAACUCCGAACCUUUGUUGGACGAUAAAAAACAUCCUGAUGAGAAGCUAUCCAAAGGAAAGCAUUUUCCAGGCCAUUUACCCUCUUCAAUAGGAAUGAAAAGUUUGUAAUUACAAGAAGUGACAGUUGUACAGAUGAAAGUGUCUUAAAAAUCACCAUCACAGAGACAACAGUGAUUGAAUCCAACUCUGGCAUUUGGAGUGUCAGGGCCAUGAUGUACCUCAGCCUCUGGUUUUUUUUUCAGUUUCUGCACACUAUUCCUCAACAAAUACAUCCUGACUUUGCUGGAACGAGAGCCAGGAAUGCUGGGUGCUGUCCAGAUACUUACAACCACUAUAAUUGGUUGUUUCAAAAUGCAUGUUCCCUGUUGCUUAUAUCAGUAUAAAUCCCGAAAUGAAUAUCCACCGAACUUCCUCAUGAUUAUGUUCUUUGUGGGAUUAAUGAGGUUUGCUACUGUAGUUUUGGGCCUCGUAAGUCUGAAGAAUGUAGCUGUUUCCUUUGCAGAAACUGUGAAAAGUUCAGCACCAAUCUUUACUGUCAUUAUGUCUAGACUUAUUCUCGGAGAAUACACAGGUUUAUGGGUUAACUUGUCUUUAAUGCCUAUAAUGGGCGGAUUGGCAUUGUGUACAGUCACAGAAAUCAGCUUUAAUAUGCUUGGCUUCUCAGCUGCCCUGUCCACCAAUGUCAUGGACUGUUUACAGAAUGUCUUCUCUAAGAAGUUGCUCAGUGGAGACAAGUAUAAGUUCUCACCACCGGAACUGCAGUUUUAUACCAGUGCUGCUGCAGUGGUAAUGCUAAUUCCAGCAUGGAUUUUUCUCAUGGAUAUUCCAGUCCUGGGAAGGCAUGGACACGAAUUCAGUUUUAAUCAAGAUGUUGUGGUUCUGCUGCUUAUUGACGGAAUCUUAUUUCACAUUCAGAGUGUGACUGCAUAUGCUUUAAUGGGAAAAAUAUCACCUGUUACGUUCAGUGGAUUCGUUCAUGGAGACAGGCUGCAUGUCGUCUGCUAUUCAGUAUUCAGAUACUGUUGCUUUGCUGGACUAUAACUGACCAUUAAUGUCUUUAAAAUGAUGGAAGCUUUAAAUUUGGGCUUUAGGUCAAAAUAUUUACUAAAUGAAAUAUUUUGUAUGGAAAAUUCAAUAUCUGAUAUGUUGUCUCCACCAAUUUAGUGUUGCUAGUACAGUGAAACAUGCCCUUUCAAUUUGGCUCAGUAUCAUCAUCUUCAGUAACAAGAUCACUGCGUACUCGGCUUUCGGGACGGCGUUGGUCAUUAUUGGAGUGUUUCUGUACAACCGUGCCCGUCAGUAUCAACAACAACAGAUCCAAGCUUUGGUAUCUUGUAACAAUAAUGGACAGGAAGAUCAGCCUCUGCUGGCUGAGGACCUGAAACAAUCUGAAACGUAAACCCAUUCCAAUAUUCCACAAGUAAAACUUGUGGUCUGUAAAACUUGGAAGCACCGAUCCUGAGACGGAUGUGUAGGGGACUGCAUUUCAUUCAGCUGAUGAUUUUCUAUUGACUCUGCAAUGUUAACUUGUUUUUUCCCCAAAUAUUUCUUGCUUAUUUUAAAAAUGCAAGUGUUAAUGUCCAGCUUAAUGUUUGAACUUUUUAAAUGAAUUGUUUUCCAUUUGUUGUUUAAAAACAUUAAUGAUUUUCAUCAUGCACCCUGAAUUUUCUUUAAACUGUAAAGAUGUAUGUAAUCAUUGAAUCUACUCCUCAGGGUUUACUAAUCUGAACUGUUUCUGUCAAAUGCUGAGCUUUAACCAGUCGGUGAAGUGCAUGCGUUAUUAUGGCAUCUCAAGGAUUCUUUCAAGUUGGGUGCUGGUAUCUUGGUGGACUGAGCAUUUUACAUGAAACAGUAAUUUCUUGUUUACUAUGUAAAUCUAAAUUUAGGGUGAAAGUUUGAAUAUGAUGUAAUUAGAUUAACAUUUAGAAUACUGUUUUGGGUGCACUUCCACACACAGAUAAACCUCAGUUGAGCUUGCAUUAAAGAUUGCUGCUUUACCCAGGAAAGUUGCUACUCUACAGGCAGCUGACCUUGUACUUGCUAUUCCAGACAAAUUACCUGACUAAUAGAAGUUACUUGAAACUCUACAAGUUGUAACACAAAGAUUCCUCCCAAAUGCACUUUAAAAUUUAAUGUAAACCACUAUUUUUCAAACCCCAUCUUCCUUUUUCACCUUGGAAUACUGGUCAACAUUUAUAAUUGUCUUUGGCGAGAUUGUUAUUUCAUUUUAUCUCAAACAGUAUUAUGGAUUCAAAAUGGCAACAUCUGAUGGUGAAAACUAGCUUCGUGUAUCAAUUGGGUUGUUACUCCCAGUAUUUAUAAUGUUGGACUAGUCUGUGCUUUUAAACUUGCAGAAAACCAAAAUUAUGUUGUUAGAUUUUACACAAGGGUUGUGUUCUAUCCUCUAUUUUAAGAAAAUUGAACGGUAAAGAUCUCCAUUAUUGAUCAGGAUCACAAUUUGUAUUAAAUCAAUUUACAUUUAUGCUGUACUAUAAUGUACUUUUCCUGUGUUUGAUUAAAAUACAUGUCUUUAA